AUGCGAGAUCCAGGCUGCGCCGACGCCAUCGCUACGCGAUCAGGGCCUCGAAAUCAGAUCAUGGUCGACCUCCUCCGGGGAUGGUCUACCGAAGCGGAAUCCGGCAGCAGUUCAUCCACAGCACUCAGUGGACUCGACGGGAGCCCAAUCAAGCGAUCAGCCUCUCAAGAGGCAUCCAUCUUGAGCAACCAAGAAACAGUGCCCCUGUUUCAAACCAUCUCGCUUCCAAACAAGGAUGUAUCGCUGGCAGUCUCGCUCUACACAGGCUGCAAAUCCGAACAGGAGAUGGACCAGGAAGAGCUCGAAAGAAUCAAGCGUCUACCUCCAUCCAAACGACCUGGUGUCUCGCACGCCAAAAGGACGCCGCCCAACCAUAUCAAGCGUCCUCGCAAUGCCUACAUCAUCUUUCGAUCCCACAUUGUCUCGCAAAAACUUAUACCCAAGGAGGUCGAAAACGAUCAUCGCAAUAUCAGCCGCAUCAUUGCCCACAUGUGGAAGAGCUUGGAACCCCAAGAACGUGCCCAAUACGAGCAAAUCGCCAAGCAAGAGAAAGAAAGGCACAAGCAACUGUUUCCCGAGUACCGAUAUCGACCCACCACGCGUCGCACCGGCGUCAGCAAGCGAAAUGUCAAAAAACUCGAGAAUGGCGAAGAGGAGUGCCAAGAGAUCGCCGACAUCAUCCUCAAGGCACAAGGCAAAGAGGGUGUAAUUGUUCGCGGCGGACCCUCCAAAGCCAUCAAAAGGGCACGCAAGGCGACGCGCGCUUCCGUGGCAGCUCGCAAUUGUGGCAAGCCGUCAUCGCCACGUGCAAAGCGAGCCAGGGUGGACAAAUCAAAGCCCGACGAGCCAGUCCCUCCUUCUCAAGCAGCUGAUGAGGGGCUCGAGACGAUAUUCUUGCAUCCGUCACCUUCGCAGCAGUCGCCGACAUUGAGCCCAAGCUACAGCCCUGAGGCUGAAUCGGUGCCAACGCCCGAGCCGCGUCCCGAAUCCUCUCGAAUGACAUCGAGGACACCUUCUAUCGAUCGUGGACAGCCUUUGCCAUCGUCUGGUUCGGCUCUGAUGCUGGACAUUUCGGAAAUGUUUGGACGCCGGUCCUCUUCUGUACCAGUCAUGCACCCUUGCUCUCCAACGCUAGCCUUCAUCCCACCUACCCAAGAGAACACAGACGCUGAGACCUUAGGAACGCAUCAAGAUGAGCUUGGCACCCAUGUAGCAGACGCAGGUGAUGGCUACACCAAUCACUUUAGUAUGCCAGCACCAAGGUGGAAAGGUCGCAAGACGAUUCCUGCUCCCAUUGCAAACACGUGGCAAUUCUGCUCGUACGACGACCAGUCACUACCUUCGCCGCAAUCCUUUGACACCUUCGCAUCGGCAAGCAAGAUGCCCGCCGCUCGACCGCGCACCGCAUGGCCUUCGACGCCAAGCUCGAGCACUUUCCGCGGAUUUUUCCAUCCGUGGGCCGUCGAACACAACAACGACUCGAUGCUCAUCUCGCCCAUGACAGCGUCAUUUCAAGAUCUGAGGAGACGCAGCUCCCUUGCACGAUCUGGUCUAAGUGCCACUCGAAGGCCGGGCUCGUUCGGGGUAGAUGUUCAACCCAACUCUAGCGGUCGCCUUGAGGGUGACGUCGGAACCCAAGCUCUUUUGCAACCCUCGUCCGGGGCUCGUCUGCCGGACGGACAGCUUUUUGGCGAGGCACAUCCAGCCGCCGCCGUCCACUUGAACUCGGAGAUUGCUUCGGCUGACUAUGAUGAAACUCCCAAUUUUGCCUUCGAUCCGGCUCUGGAGGGCGAAGGUCGCGUGCCAGCUGCGCCCGACUCUGUCGCUGAACAGCCGUGCCAUAGCGACCGCAGUCUGGCAGCUCAAGUGAUGUCUGCUUCUCCUCGCUCCCAGGCCCAGAGUCCACGCCCUUCGUUUUCGGGUAGCACGCUGGCCGCUGCCGCUCGUGACUGGGCUAGCAUGAAAAGGCGUCGGAGCAAAAUGGCACAGACGCCCAUCGUCAAUGCCGUUAGUGAGUCUUUGCCCGCACCGAUUGACUCCAGUGACUCGAUCGAAGCCUCGAUGCUUCGAGAAACAGACAAACCGGGGCGGCUCUACGGAUCCAGCCUCGAAGAGUCGGUAGAACGAGCUGUGAUGCUGGCUCUCUCCAAGGAUCACGGUCAAGAUUCCAAUCUGGGCGAGCGCAACUCCAACAUCGUCCAACAGAUCCUGUCUUGGCUCAGUACAGAGCUUGCACUCCAGUCACAAAAUCAGCAGGAGCAUCAACAGUUCACGCCCUCGAUCUGCCACGCCGACAAAGCCCCUCUGAGCUUUGUCGAGUCUCGCCCAAGGGCGUGCUCUCGUGCGUCUCGUGGUGUCGCGAGGCCCAAUCAAUACUAUGCUGCCAAUGCAGCAAUUGAGGGUGGAUCGUCUCGUCUCGGCAAACCGCUUCCUUCGCCGUUGCAGCUCGUCACGUCAAACUACGAGAUUGGUACUUCAACUAGACAUUCUCAUUCCUAUUCAUCUCCUCAGCACUGCAUCUGA